AUGGGUGACAACAUCGGUGGCGUUGGUGGGAAGCAAGCCAUUGAUACGGCACUCCUGUCUGAGGAUUCUGAAGAGGAGGGGGCAGCGCACCAGCAGAGACUAGAGGUAGUGCAACUGCAAAAGGGUGACAACAUGGAUGACGCUGACGAGGAGCAAUCGUUUGAUACGAUACUGCCCGGGGGUCCUGAGGAGGAGGAGGAGGAGGGGGCAGCACACCGGCAGAGGCUAGAGGUGGCGCAACGGCAAAUGGGUGACAACAUCUGUGGCGCUGACGAGGAGCAAUCAAUCGAUACGGUAGUGCCUUGGGGUUAUGAAGAGGAGGAGGUGGUGGUGGAGGAGGAGGGGGAGGAGGGGGCAACACAGCUGCAGAGACUAGAAGUAGUGCAACGGCAACAGGGCGACAACGUCGGUGACACUGACGGUAUAGCGAAACCGCUACCAAUGAGGCCCUACCCCGUAGCCGGAGAUGACACCAGUGCCGGUGAUCCCGUGACACCCGAGAGCGACUAUAGCGGGAAGGAUGAGCGCAACGAUCAUCAGCCCGCCAUCGCUUCGGCUCCGUCUCCUCAGGUCACCGACGACUCAGCUGCCGACGACCCAACGGGAACCAGUGUCGGCGGCAGCGGGCGGGGUCAUACCCCAAAGCUUCCCUCGACAGGAGGGAUGGAGAUGCUCGGGAAUGAGUUCCCAUCCGAGCUUGACGCUACCGACGACUCAACGGGAACCAGUGUCGGCGGUACCGGGGUGGGCCAUACCCCCAAGCUUCCCUCGUCAAGCGGGAUGGAGCUGCUCGGGAGCAAGAUGCCAACCGAGCUUGACGGCACCUCGAUUAGCCGCGACUCGUCGACAGGGGGCGUUCCGGUCACAUCGCUUUCUCUGCUCUCUACGUCGCCUGCUCCACCCGGUCACCGCGCCGCUAUCGCUGUGGCUUCGUCCCCUCAGGCUACCCGCGACUCAGUGGGAACCAGUGUCGGUGGCAGCGGUAGGGUUCCUACCCCUAAGCUUCGCUCGCAGAAAAGUGGGAUGAACUGCUCAGGAAUGAGGUGCCAACGGAGCUUGACGGCGACUCCACGAGCCGCGACUCGUCGACAGGAGGAUUUCCGACCACAUCGCCUGCUCCGCUCUCUGUAUCGUCUCCUCCCGGUUCUAGCGACGACCCUUCUAGUCCCUUCGAACAAGAACAUGUGA